CUCCUCCCCGAGGUGCCGGUGGCGCGGCCGCCACUCCCUCCCGCCCUCCCUCAGCUGCGCGCAUCUCAUACCAGCCCUCAUUCCGCACAUUCCAGGCUUCCUCCUUUCAAACUUGAGGCUAGGGGGCGGGGAGAGCCCGCAGCUCCCCCGGCUCCCGCCGCCCGGCAGCCGCGUCCCCCAGAGCCGAGGCAGGAAGAGUUGGCGCUCGGGGCGGGCUCCUUGGAACUGACUUAGCGCACCCACCUCACCUUCCCGCACCCUGGGACCGGUCCAACGGGCGCUCCUCCAAGCGGAGCCUUGGAGGGCAAGGCCGGCACCAUUACCUCCAACGAGUGGAGCUCUCCUAACUCCCCUGAGGGGAGCAACGUCUCUGGGGGCAGUCAGGCAUUGGACAAGCCCAUUGACAAUGAUGCAGAGGGCGUGUGGAGCCCGGAUAUUGAGCAGAGCUUCCAGGAGGCCCUGGCCAUCUACCCGCCCUGUGGCCGGCGCAAAAUCAUCCUGUCGGAUGAGGGCAAGAUGUACGGUCGGAACGAGCUGAUUGCCCGCUACAUCAAGCUCCGGACAGGGAAGACCCGCACCAGGAAGCAGGUCUCCAGCCACAUCCAGGUGCUGGCUCGUCGCAAAGCCCGAGAGAUCCAGGCCAAGCUAAAGGAUCAGGCAGCUAAGGACAAGGCCCUGCAGAGCAUGGCUACCAUGUCGUCCGCCCAGAUCAUCUCCGCCACAGCCUUCCACAGUAAAAUGGCCCUUGCCCGGGGCCCAGGCUACCCAGCAGUCUCAGGGUUUUGGCAAGGAGCUUUGCCAGGCCAAGCCGGAACAUCCCAUGAUGUGAAACCUUUCUCUCAACAAACCUACACUGUCCAGCCUCCGCUGCCUCUACCAGGGUUCGAGUCUCCUGCAGGGUCUGCCCCCUCGCCCUCGGCACCCCCUGCACCUCCGUGGCAGGGCCGCAGCGUCGCCAGCUCCAAGCUCUGGAUGUUGGAGUUUUCUGCCUUCCUGGAGCAGCAGCAAGACCCUGACACGUACAACAAACACUUGUUUGUGCACAUUGGCCAGUCAAGCCCAAGCUACAAUGACCCCUACCUCGAAGCUGUGGACAUCCGCCAGAUCUAUGACAAAUUUCCAGAAAAAAAGGGUGGACUCAAGGAGCUCUUUGAGCGGGGACCUUCCAAUGCCUUUUUUCUCGUGAAGUUCUGGGCAGACCUCAACACCAACAUUGAGGAUGAAGGCAGCUCUUUCUACGGGGUUUCCAGCCAGUACGAGAGUCCCGAGAACAUGAUAAUCACCUGUUCCACCAAGGUCUGCUCUUUUGGCAAGCAAGUGGUGGAGAAAGUUGAGACAGAGUAUGCCCGCUAUGAGAAUGGCCACUACUCGUACCGCAUCCACCGGUCCCCACUCUGCGAGUACAUGAUCAACUUCAUCCACAAGCUGAAGCACCUGCCAGAGAAGUACAUGAUGAACAGCGUGCUGGAGAACUUUACCAUCCUCCAGGUGGUCACCAACAGAGACACGCAGGAGACCUUGCUGUGCAUUGCCUACGUCUUCGAGGUGUCAGCCAGUGAGCACGGGGCUCAGCACCAUAUCUACCGGCUGGUGAAGGAAUAGACACCCGGGUGGUAGGGAGGGGAGAGACAUGUGUGCAGGAAAUGGGGACAUGGGGAGGGGACCUGCAGGGGCAGCCUCCUGAAAUGUCGAGAGAGUUGAGAGGCAAGGUCAUGACUCUUCCUACCGAGGAACAGACUGUUCCUGAACCUGCAAUGCCCCUUCCCAAAUAAACCCAACAUGUUGUGUAUUUUCAGAAGACCUGGUCUGGCUGUAUGAGCCUUGGGAGGGACUGGGGAGACAUGUCAGGUAGAAGAGUGGGGCAUUCGGGAGGCAGCCUGGACGCAAUGCCCCAGAGCUGCCUCCCGGGCAGUUCUGAAGCCAACGCCCCAAUGGGCUCAGCCAGGAACAUUGGCACCAACACUGAAGCUCAAGAUGUGAUGGUUCCCCCGCUGCUGCUACUCCAGCCCCUGGCCACCCUGGGAGGCCUGAGGAUGGCACGUGGACUCUUUUUUCUGUUCAUCCUGUAUAUGCACCCACAACUACUUGUACAUGAAGGCAUCUGCACACCUGGUCCCUUCUGCUGCCAUGCCCCAGGACUGCUAACACAGAAGGCCCAAUCCAGCCUGAGGGUUGGGUUUUAGGUGUGGAGGUGACAGGUUGUUGUGAAUGGUAGAAGGGGACACAGUCAGAGCUCUUUAGUUUUGAUCCAUUUCCAAUGGGUGUGGAUUUCACAGACAACAUCCUCCCUGAUGGUGGCCAUGCUGGCUUGUUGGGGGAUUGGUCCUGGCCAGAGGAGCCCAAGGCAGGAUAGAAGGGGUGACAGUGCUGAAGCCAGGCCAGGGCAGCAUCACACAGCAUCCUUGUUGGUGAUGAAGGCCAAGAACAUUUAUCAGAGGUGUGUG